GCUGCCAGUGCGGUUGCCGGGGCGGUGCUUGGCUGCCAGUGGCUCCCUUCGGCCCCAAUCCUCGCGCAUCCCUUAAAGCUCGUCCUGUCCUGUUUCUGCGCGCUCGAAAAUUUCUGGUUGUACGCAAAGCCACUCGUCCUAAUAAACACCAUCAAGCCUGGACAUUCCAGCCUUCCCAGAGUGUGUACCUUUCUCUAAUUCAUCACUAUCGUUAAGGCCCCGUUUUCUUCAUUUCACGAAGCAGAGAAAAAGAGAGUAGACUUGGACGUGACACGAACCCAACAAUUGUGCUGUCGCCCCUUUUCUGGCUUUUUACCACCCAACCCUUUUGCCAUACCACCAGACCACCAUACCACCAUACCAAAACCAACCCCAUCAAAAGGUCAGUCAGUCCAGCGUUCCUUCGUCCUCUCCAUCCACAUCCACAUCCACCUCGACCCAUCGCUCUUGCUCGGAACAUCCGUAUCAUCAGCAUCACUUCUUUCCUCUUUGGAUUGCGGCCAGGGCAGAGAACCAAAAGGGUUGGCGGGCGAAACGUCACCAAGGCAAGGGCCCAUAAAAAGUGUCGCUCGUCUCAUCUCCCGUUUCUCGUUUCUCGACCCAUCCCACCCCAUCCCCAUUUCCCGCUUCUUCAAACAACAAAACUUCCCCGAGCUGCUCGCUUCAUCACAUCCAUCCUUUCACUCGUCCACAGCAAUACUUUGCACUCUAUAUCUUCGUCUUCGACUGGCCUCGAUUCGAAUUCUGUCUUCACACCGAACCUUGGCUGACUCUAAUCACAAGCUCUUGUACAGCAUAAUAAUCCCUCUUCACCAUGAUCGCCCAAAAGGUUGUCGCCGUCCUGGCAGUUGCCGGAUUAGCUGCUGGUAAGUCAAGAUCACAUCCUCACACAGUGCUUGGCCUUCUUCCACGUCAAUCUGCCUCAAUUGGUGAUGGACAGCAAUCCCCAUCGAUAUAGCGACACCGUCAACGCAAACUGAAUGCUGACCCCUUUCUUCUAGCCCAAACCGGAACCAUCUGCUCCGCCCCUUCAGUGACCAUUAACUCGGCCGCAGACGCCUCAGCGCUCGCCAACUGCGCAACAGUUGCUGGAGAUAUCAUCAUCGGCCCAAGUGCCGGUGGAGUCAUCAGCAUCGAUGGACCUCAGAUAGUUCGCGGAGCUUUCAUCAGUGAAAAUGCUGGUGGCUUGACGAGCUUGGGAAGUACCACAAUCACAUCCAUCGAGAAGGAGUUCACCCUCACCAACUUGACUCUUUUGUCAACCCUCGGCAUGUCUACGUUGAAGUCAGUUGGAAGCAUCAAAUGGAGCGCUCUGCCAGCAAUCUCCGCUCUUUCUUUUACCGCUAUUGUCACCAAAGCCGACUCAGUCCUCAUCACAAACACCUUCUUGAGCUCCCUCGAUGGUAUCAACUUGCAAACGGUCGCUGUCCUAGACAUCAACAACAACAACCGUUUGAAGAAAUUCGAUACCCAAGUUGCCAACGUGACCCAAUUGCUCCAAAUUGACUCCAACGGACAGGCUCUCGAGGUCAGCUUCCCUAACUUGAUCUGGGCUGCCAACGCUACCUUUAGAAACGCCUCAUCUGUCAGCAUCCCAUCUUUGGCUGUUGUCAACGGAUCCCUUGGUUUCUAUGGAAACAACUUCGAGAGCAUUGCCGCCCCUAACUUGACCACGGUUGGAUCCAAGAGUGAUGGAGGUGCCGGAGGUGGAAUUGCAUUCGUUGCCAACAGUGACCUUGCCAACAUCUCCUUCCCUAUGCUCGAGUCAGUUGCUGGUGCCAACCAAGUUGCCAACAACUCCAAGUUGGCUGCAUUGGAAUUCCCAGCUCUGUCCACCGUGGGAGGUGCCAUUGAUUUCUCUGGAAACUUCACAACGUAAGUAUUCGAUACCAUACUUUUUCUCCUUCUGAAGGAAUACUUUUACUGAUGCAUCUUCUAGCCCUCUCUUGCCAGCACUUACUCUCGUUUCCGGAGGUUUCAACAUCCAAUCUACCAACCAGAUCGACUGCAGCACCUUUGACAAGCAGCAAAAGAAUGCCGCCAUUCUUGGUGUCUACACUUGCAAGACCACUGCCGAUGCCAAGAGUGGUGUUGGAUCAUCCACCAGCAGCGGAAGCGGAUCAAGCACCACUAGCAAAGCUGCUGCCGCCUCAUACGGUAUCAACGAGGCAAUCGCUGGUGUCUCUGUUAUUGGAGGACUCUUACAAAUGUUGUUGUAGAUCAUCUGGGAAGUCGGCGUUUUCUUCGUUUUCAAUACACUAGACCUAAUAUGCAACGUUUCCAUUUGUUCCCAUUACUACGCCCCACUCUGGGGACCAACGAAGCCCAUCAUGGAUCGGAUCCAAGCAUUUGAGCGUUUUUGAUUGAGCCUUUCCUUGGGAUUUACUUGGGGCAGCGGGCUGGGGGGGUUCGGGGUUCAUGCUGGCAUAAUAUGUGUUGCUGUCUUGUUCUUUGAAAACAAAAUGGUGGUGCAUGCUGGAGGAUGGGAAUGUUUCUCCUGCAGUUGGCGGAGGACAUGUCCUUAGGACCAAGCGAGAUUCCAUACAAACUGUACAUUGAUACUAUGAGUUUUUAAUGCCCUCUUUUUCUUUUGUCAUUGUGAUGAGUACAAUCCUCUCUUUUUUAAAUAAUGAGUUUUUCGCUUUAAUCUCCUUUCUGGUUUGAUGUGAUAUUGUGUUGCAUGCAAUGUGAAUGAUUGAUGUGUGCAUACAUUGCCGGUCGGAUCAUUUAGGUGUGAGCCAGAUUGAGUCAGGUUAAUGAGUAGUAAGUACAGUAUGGUAUAGUCGGUAUGUUGUGUAUAUCUUCUUUCUUUUCUUCCUUCUCUCCUUUUUUUAUCAUGUCCUCGUUUAUUUUUUUUUGGUCAUUCUAUUUAUCCCCCAUCCUUUUUUAAAAGGGAUAUAGUUAUGGUAUCUUUUGGUUAUUUUGAGUAAAUUAGUUUAUCUUGUGGGUGAUACUGUAGUUGUCCUUGUGGGGGGUUUUUUUCUUCUUGAUGGUGGGAGGGGAGGAGGGAGGGUUGUAAGUGUGUUGGGUGGGGUUAGGAUGGUGGUAGUCUUUAGGGGGGAUGGUUAGGGAGAGGGGGCGGGAGUACAGUAUUAUGGGGGAAGAUUUGUGGGUGGUAAGUGAGUUAGUUGGAGUUUCUUCUGGUGUGUCUCGUGGGAUGUUGGAUGAUGUGGGAUGUUACAGUAUAAGGGUUCUGGGUUGUGAUUAAUGGAAUGGGAUUAGAGGGGAGGGGACAAGCAAGUGAUAAGAUAGGGAGGAAGAAAGAGUGGGGAUUUUACAAGUGAAGAAGUAUAGAAGUAAGGAAUUAAGAAAGUAAGGAAGUGAGAAAGUAAAAUACAUUUAUUAUUUACAAUAUGUAUGAAGUAUAUCAAAUUAUCAAAACAAAAUCAGCUUAUUUAUAACAUGCAAUUUGAAGGUCGAGAGGUGUUGAGGGAUUACUAGGGAUGAGAUGUGGGAUUAUGGGGGUAGGGAGUGAGCUGAGGGAAGAUGAGGGGAGAGUUGAGUGAGUGAUAAGUCGGGGAGGAAGAAGGGAAGAAGUGAAGAGAUAUAGGGAUUAAGAAAGGAAGUAAGGAAUUAAGAAAGUAAGGAAGUAACAUGUAAAAUAGAUUCAUUAUUUAUAUAUAAAGUACUGUAUAUCACCCCAAAAUCAGCUUACUUAUAAAAUGAAAUUUGAAGGUUGAGAGAGGUUGAAAGAGAGGAGAUAGAUACUACCUAGUUCCCGAGUUUGAUCAUUUUUACAGUAUGUGGAAGCUACUAUGCUGAGAGAAGAAUCCUUAUCCCGGAUACUAGGAGCGGGGGAUUGAUUAUCAUGGUGUUAAGGGGAUUACGGGAUGUGUGUGAUUUGUGGUGUGUGAAUCGUGAUUUUGAUGUUGGGUGUUGGAGAGGGAAGAGAGGUAAGAGAGGUAAGAGAGGAAGGUGGUUAUUAGUCUAUAUACACAUGAGAUAAAAAUAUUAUUCUAAGAAGUUAAAGGCCUUAUAGCCAAAUCAACUAUACGAAUAGGUUAGAAUCAUUGUUACUUCUUUCUUUUUACUUCUUGUUAAACUAGCUCCUGGUGGACAAGAUAAGUGGCAGUCUUGGCACUGGAAUUUUAUAGAGAUGCACGCAAAUCGACUACGCCAAGACUGCCACUUAUCUUGUCCACUGGGAGACUAGGUAAAAGAA